GCUAUAUGGCAUGUGAUUCGUGCAUAAAGCAAAAGUGACAAGUAGUGACGCGUAUCAGCUAAGAAAAACAAUAAUGGAGGCGUGUAAUGCGGUUGAACGUGAAGUUGACAAAGUUUUAUUAAAAUUUGGUGCGAUAAACGAACAUGCAGAGACAGUGUUGCGAGAUUUAAUAAAUCAUAUUGAGUCUCUGAAGAAAGAAUUUGAAGAAGCGCCACCCGAUCAUGAGUUAACGCCAGGUCAAGCUCAAGUGUUGAAGGAUACCAUGAAAAAGGUUCGAGAAACCGCGCAUCAUUUGGCUACCGAACAUCGCGAAUUGCAUAGUACAGUGUCGAAAGUGGGAAAAGCGAUCGAUCGUAAUUUUAACGCUGAUUUUGGAAGUACCAGUAGAGAGGAUGUAUUUUCUGGUGCAGAAAAAUCGCAUAUAUUGAAUCAAGUAAUAUGUCAGCAUUUCUAUCGUCACGGGAUGCUAGACAUCGCGGCCGAAUUAGCGGCAGAGGCUGGGAUGAAAACAGAGGAGGGAACAAAAGAACCGUUCACAGAACUGAAUUACAUACUUGAUUGUUUGAAACAAAGAAAUCUUGAACCAGCGCUCGCAUGGGCUAAAAACCAUAGGGAAGCUCUUUUAGCACAGAAUUCCUCCCUUGAAUUUAAACUGCAUAGAUUACAUUUCAUAAGGCUAGUCCAACAAGGACCUAGUAAGCAAACAGAAGCGAUAAUGUACGCCCGGCAGAAUCUUACGCAAUACGUCGGACGCCAUGGGAAAGAGGUGCAAGCUUUAAUGGGUACGCUACUUUACUUGCCAAACGGAAUACAGUCUUCUCCUUACAGUCAUUUAUUAGAUCCGACUUUAUGGCUCGAUAUUCACGACGUAUUCACGCGAGAGGCGUGUACGUUAUUGGGCUUAAGCGUCGACAGUCCUCUUUCAGUGUGCAUUAACGCGGGGUGUACUGCGUUGCCUACCCUUUUGAAUAUUAAACAAGUGAUGCAACAGAGGCAAGUAACUGGUGUUUGGAACGGAAAAGACGAACUACCGAUUGAAAUAGACUUGGGUAAACAAAGUCGUUAUCACUCUGUGUUCGCGUGUCCGAUCCUAAGGCAGCAAAGUACAGAAAAUAAUCCACCGAUGAAACUGGUUUGCGGUCACGUAAUUUCGAGAGACGCGUUGAAUAAACUCACCAACGCGAACAAAUUGAAAUGCCCGUACUGUCCAGUGGAACAGAAUCCGGAAGAUGCUAGGCUGAUAUAUUUCUAGAAUACUGUGAUACAGUUAUGAAAAGGAUACGUUCGAUUUCUUUGCGAUGUCACACCUAAACCGAUUCAUUACAUGUAUACAGAUUUUUGACGAUACAUCGUAUUCCGUGAAAUUUCGUGGUAUAUAUACGUAACCGUUUAAUUUGCUCGUUAGACUGAUUUCGGGCCAUGCGAUUGGUACG